GUCCAGUGUCAGCCGAUGACGCCGCCUCCUGAGGGAGUCUGGGCGCCCACAGUCCCUCGCCGGCGGCCACUCACUUUCUUUCGGGAAUCUGGGAUUGAAAGAGAACAUUCCGGGGUCGUAAGGUCCCCGGGAGUUAGGCAGGAGGGCGAGGAGGGCGGCACCAGUGUGGCCCCCACUCCACUACUCCAACCAGAGACCGGACGACGUCUUCCUUCCGCACUCGGGGAAACACCAGGAGCUCCGGGAAUUUCCCUGGCCAGGGGCUCUGGCCUUUCCGGCCAACCAUGCAUAAAAGGGGCUUGUGGAUGCUGGAGAGCCACAGAACCAGGACAGCAGCCCCUCGCCGCCAGCUCUUGCACUCCAGGCUCCGCCGCGAUCUUCCCGCUGAGUCCCAUGGCCCGCAUCGCGGUCUCCCGCACUCCACGGCUUGUCCAGGUCGCGCUGCUGCUGCUGCUCCUGGUGACUGCCUGGCGGCGCGCAGCAGGGGCGCCCGUGGUCACUGAACUGCGCUGCCAGUGCUUGCAGACGGUGCAAGGAAUUCACCUCAAGAACAUUCAAAGUGUGAAGGUGACGCCUCCGGGACCCCACUGCGCCCAGACCGAAGUCAUAGCCACUCUCAAGAAUGGACAGGAAGCUUGUCUGAACCCUGAAGCCCCCUUGGUCAAGAAAAUCAUCCAUAAGAUGCUGAACAAAGGCAGCACCAACUGAUCUGGAGAGAAGAAGGAAGCUUGUCUACUAUUGUUUCUGAAGAAGAUUCUGAAAGUGAAAAGAGAGAAACAAAUAGUACCUCUGGGGCAACUGAACUGUGCCUGAUGUGUUUGACUAUUCUCUGUGAGAGUUCUUCUAUUUAUUUAUAUAUGUAUGUAUUUAUUUAUUUUCAGUGCUUGUAUAUUUAUGUUUAUUCUGAUAUUUAAAGAUGUGAGUAUGUUUGGUAAUUCACUGUACUGAUAUUUUAAAAAGUCAUUUUUUAAAAUGUUAAAUCAAAGUUGUUUCAGUCCUGUCCUUCAGUUUAAUUCAUUAAAUUUUUGGCCACUGUAAUGGAGAUUGGGGAUAAACACUGGGAAAUCUAAGACCAUCACAUCACUGAUAAGAUAUGGGGAAUGUGUGUACAUCUAUUUUUGUAACUAUUUGGAAGAAUGUCUGUUGCUAUUUAUUGUAACACUUUCACAGUAUGUGGUCAACAUUUCUGAUGUUGAUGCUUUAAGAACUGUAAUGUUCUACUUAUCCCUUGGACAUCUAUGUCUUCUUAUGUAAGGCACAAUGCCUUUAUUUAGCAUUGAUUAUGCAAUGUGUCUCUAGGUCUUGGAAUAGAGAUGUUUAUAUAUUGAUGUAGUUUUACAAAUAACAUGAAAAUAAAGCUUUUAUAAAAAUUC